AUGUCAGAAGCUGCAAACAAUCCACCUGCUCCAAAACCAAAAGCUUCUAAAAAGAAGAAAGGCUCCAAAAACCCAGUUGAUAUCACUCCAGAAUACAUCGCUGAACAAAGAGCAAAAAGAGAAGCUGCUAAGAAAGCUAAAAGAGAUGAAUUGAUAGCCCAAGGUAUUGAUCCAGAUCAAGUUGAUACACCGGCAGACCUAAGAUUCAUUUCAAGGCCAAUGCUCAAGAUUCCUAGAGAUGAAAAUGAUAAACCAAGAGGUAGAAAAGGUGUCAAUGUUAAGAUUAUGACCUAUAAUGUUUUGGCGCAGGCAUUAAUUAGAAGAAAACUUUUCCCAACUAGUGGGAAUGCCGUUAAAUGGUUCAAAAGAUCUCAAGUUCUAUUAUCUGAGUUUAAGCAUUAUAAUUCUGAUAUAUUGUUAUUACAAGAAGUUGAUCACGUUCAAUAUAACUCAUUUUGGAAAAGUGAAUUUGAAAAAUUAGGUUAUAAUUCAGUUUUCAACAGAUUUGGUGAUAAGAAUCAUGGUGUUGCUAUAUUUUUCAGAGAAAAUAUGUUUGAUGUCACAGAUAAAAUGUUCAUUAAUUAUGAUAUUGAAAAAUCUGGAGAAAUUCAACCAAGAACUAUAACAAGAAAUGUUGGUUUAAUAUUAGCAUUAAAAUUUAAAGAUCGUAUCCUGGAACAAUUUCCAGAAACUGAUAAGAAGGGUAUACUUGUUGGUACAACACAUUUAUUUUGGCAUCCAUUUGGGACAUACGAGAGAACUAGACAAACAUAUCUAAUAUUGAAGAAAUUCCAAGAAUUCAUUCAUAGAGUUCAAGUAUUACAACGAGGUUCAUGGUUUAGAUUUUUUGGUGGUGAUUUUAACGCGCAACCUUAUGAUGCACCAUAUCUUUCAAUAACUUCCAAACCAAUAAAAUAUGAUAAUCGCUGUAAGAAGGUCAUUGAAUGUUCAACUUCAUUCCAAUAUUCCAAACUACGUGAAGGUAUUGAAGAUGAAGAUGAAGAAGGUGGUAAUAUAGAAAAGUUUGGCGAAAAUCAACCUAAAGACCCCGUACCUGAGUCAUUUACCCCAACUGAAGAACAAGCACAGAUUGUCAGAGAUAUGGAGGAUCUCCACAAUUCAUUGCCUAUGAGAGCUAUAUCAUUAUAUUCUGUUGGUUAUAAACUUGUACAUCCUGAAAAUUCUGGUCUUGAUAAUGAAAAAGAUGAACCUGAAAUUUCCAAUUGGGCUCAUGCGUGGAGAGGUUUAUUAGAUUAUAUUUUUUACAUUGCAGAGUGGGAUUUGGAAAGUGAUUCACAAGUUAAAAGUCUUGCUGAGUUUGAAGAAUUAUCACAAGUUAGAAUUAAUUCAUUAUUAAGAAUGCCACCUGGUAAAGAAAUGAGUAAACAUGGUCAACCUCAUGAAGGAGAAUAUCCAAGUGACCAUUUAUGUAUGAUUGCAGAUUUAAAGUUACUACUAUAG